AUGUUCUUCUACAAGGUUGUCGCUCUCGCCGGGUCCCUGGCCGCCUUCACUAUGGCAGCUCCCACAGCGGACGAGCAUGCCAACUCGCUUGAAAAGCGAACCAACGGCCAUGUUUAUAUGUGCACCGGCUACCAGUGGGAUGGCUACUGCACCAACCGUGCCUACCCUCUGGGAAAAUGCUCCAACUUGGCCUCGAGCACUUUCAACCACAACACCGAAGGAUUCGGGCCCGAGGAGGGCAUAUACUGCAAUAUCUAUAUCAAUGACUCUUGCUCUGGUGCGGCAGAGCUGACCCUGGAGUACCCGGGUGUGAGAUCUAUUACUGGCUCUAGCCCUAUCGCUCUGGGCGCCGCGAUUGAAUCUUACGAAUGCUGGUCCAAGCCAUAG